CCUCCAAAUUUCCAAAGGUCCAGGAUUUUCUGCCAAUCACUAUCAGUUCUCUCAUGUUACAGAAACAAUCCCUCCAGGUUCGUCUCUGCCAUCUCCACAAUUCUUGUAUAAAAUAACACCUUCCUUGAAUUAAAACUAUUAUCCAUCCAUCCAUCCGUCCAUCCAUCCAUGUCCUAUCUUGCAUCAUCAAUUUCAAUCACUCUGACUCAUAAGUAAAAGUAAAAAAAUGCCCUAGAUUUCUCGAUCCUAUAAGAAUCUCUGUCAUACCUCUUCCAUAUAGUUUUAAUUUUUUUCUUUUCAAGUCCCUGGGGUUUCAAUUCUUGUGGCUCUAGAGUUCGAUGGAUUUUCAAUUGAUAAAAAAGGCGAUGACUUUCACUCAGCGGAGAAAGAGGUGGCUUAUUUUGUUAGCUCUAUUUGGUGCCUCCAGUUAUGGGGCUUACAAGGUUUAUAAUUUGCCUUCUGUGGUGAACAAGAGGAAGAGAUUGAUCAGACUCUUUGAAGCCUUUGUUUCUAUGGUUGACUUGGCAGCUGAUUCUGCGGAGAUGAUGAGUGUUGUCUCUAGAGAUUUGAAGGAGUUCUUGCAAUCUGAUUCUGACCAAAUUCCAAGUAGUUUAAAGCAACUUGCUAAGAUUACAAGAUCGGAGGAGUUUUCCCAGUCUGUAGUUGAGGUUUCUAAGGCCUUGACUGUGGGGAUGUUGCGAGGGUAUAAGAUGACAGCAACUGAUAAUGAAUCAAGGACUGCGUCCGUAAGUUCAAGUCUUACUGAUAGGGUAAUGGACAAGAUUUUCUCUACCGCUGGCACUGGCUUUGUUUCAGUAGUGGUUGGUAGUUUUGCGAGGAACUUGGUUUUAGGGUUUUACUCAACUGGUGAAUCAAAUGAUGGAGCUGGUUUCAUUCCCUGUGGAGAGGGUUCAUCAGAUGUGCCAGGAUGGGUAAAUGUGGUUUGCAAUGAAAAGUCUAAAGAACUUAUAGCUGAUUGCAUACAGAAGUUUGUGAGCACAGCUGUUGCAGUUUAUCUUGACAAGACAAUGGACAUCAAUACCUGUGAUGAGAUUUUUGCUGGGCUGACCAAUCCCAAGCAUCAGAACCAGGUGAGGGACAUUUUGGUUUAUGUUUGUAAAGGUGCUGUGGAAACACUUGUGAAAACAUCUCACCAGGUUUUGACAAGGUCUGAAGGAAACUUGAAAGCAGGUUUUAGUUCUACCUGUUCUAUUAUUGAUCAAACAGAUGGUCCUAGUGAAAUUAAAGAUAAAGCAUUGCAGCAAGAAGCACCUUUGAAACAAAUGAAAGGGAGAAACUCGUUUGAUGGGAUUCAAAGUAAUGGAUGGGUUGACAAGGUGUCAUCUACUUUAGCUGUGCCAAGCAAUAGGAAGUUUGUGCUUGAUGUGACCGGGAGAGUGACGUUUGAGACUAUAAGAUCUAUUGUGUGGUUCUUGUUGUGGAAGCUAUCAGAUGGUUUGAAAAGAAGCCUUCAUUUAGUCCGUGAGGAGGUUGUAGAUGGGGGAUUGGAAGUUAUCAGAUAUGUUGAUGCAAAAUCUUCUGUUAUUGUGACCAUAUGUCUUGCUUUAUAUUUACACAUCCUGGGUGGCACUAGAGUUCUCAUGCCUGCUUAAAUUGGUGUAUCAUAUCUCAAAAAGCAAUUUACAAGGAGGAGAUAUGAGAAUACAACAGUGAUAUUAGGGAAAAUUUUAACCAAAACAGUAUACUUAAAAGAUUUAUCAGCAGCUGAAUUCUGUACUACUGACCUUUUUAGUAGUGUACAUUAUUGAUUAUUGUGUGCAGACACAUAUAUCUAUGUUUGUGCAGUCUUUGGCUGAAUCUUGUAAAAUCGUGCCUGCUACUUGGGUUAUGAGUAGCUGCAUGUUAGGUUUUCUAGCUAUUCAAAUUCAGAUAAAUGUCUUCCAUAGGCAUAUAUUUGCUCAGCCAUUAAACUACUCUGGUAUUCAUGAUGUAUUUCUUCCAGAAAUCUGUGGCUUAUGCCCAGUAAUAUUAGUAUUGAUCAAGACCUUGCCUGGUUUGUUUUCCCCUGUCAA